GAGAAGUGGGCGUGGCCGCCUCUGCGCUUGGUGCUGUGAGGAGGGAAGAUGGCGGAGGAGGAGAAGCUCCCCGCGGGCUGGGAGAAGCGCAUGAGCCGCAGCUCCGGCCGUGUGUAUUAUUUCAAUCACAUUACAAAUGCCAGCCAAUGGGAGCGCCCCACUGGGAACAGCAAGAAUGGGCAAGGGGAACCUACGAAAGUGCGAUGCUCACACCUCUUGGUGAAACAUAACCAAUCUAGGAGGCCCUCAUCAUGGAGGGAGGAUAAGAUCACCCGGAGCAAGGAGGAGGCCCUGGAGCUAAUUAAUGGCUACAUCCAGAAGAUUAAAUCCGGGGAAGAAGACUUUGAAACCUUAGCAUCGCAGUUCAGUGACUGCAGCUCGGCCAAGGCAGGGGGAGACCUGGGCACUUUUGGAAGGGGUCAAAUGCAGAAACCUUUUGAAGAUGCCUCCUUUGCGCUGAGGACUGGCGAGAUGAGCGGACCAGUAUUCACAGAUUCAGGGAUCCAUAUCAUCCUGCGUACAGAGUGAAAGUGCCUUGGUGCGAAGCGCUGGGAAAGGAAAGGGUGGCGGGAAAAAAGGGACAAGAGAACCUUUAUCCCAUCCCUUUGAGCGCUCUCUGUCCCUGAACAAACUCCAUAUCUAGCAUUUUAAUUUUUAUUCUGUAUUAAAGAAAAACCUUGUUUCAUAUCUCAAUUCCUUCUUUGGCGCCCUGAUGUAAUGUUUUCCCCACCCACCCCGUUCUAUAGAGAUGCAUGGUUAGGCGAGGCUGAAAACAAUAAAAAAUGGAGAGACUAGUGUCUUUCUGGGGCACAGAGAGGAGGAUGUUUUAAAGAAAAAUAAAUUCAGAGCUGCAUGAGUUUGAUGCUGAUGAAUCCUCCAGUUUAAAGGAUGUAUCUGUGCUUUCAGGAUAAUUCGUCAAUGCUUUAGCUUCCCAUCCAACAUAUAGUAGAGUUAUUUAUUGCAGGGUGCCACUGACUGUGGCAAAAUUUAGCUCUUAGUGUUUUAGAUUGAAUCAGCAUCUUCUCAACUAGCGUCAGUCCUUAUUUAGGUUUAAAAGUACUAUGUUCCCUUUUCGCCCCACCCUAAAAUUCAGUGGUGUUCAGUUUUCUGAUUGGCCAGUUACUGAAAAAUUGUUCUUAGUACAUAUUAUAACAAGAACAAUUUUCUACAAGAUAGCCUUCCUGCGAAGUAGCAACCUCAUUUGCAUAGUGUCCUACUGAUGUUCAGAUGGACUCCACUGGGCUUUCUUGUUUUUUUUCCAUAGUGGAGGAAUUUCCAUGAAACUGAAGGGAUGAGUGCCCUUUCUACUAUAUUGUUUUCUUACCCACCAGCCCACCAAUAGAAGCAAAUAUGGAAGACCUGCCUGUUCAGAACUUCAAUUUGGGCAUUUUAUCAUUCCCUAGAUUCUGGAUUCAGACACUUGAUUUUUAACUUGCAUAUGUGUUCUCUGCCAGAAUCCCUUCACGUUGACUUAAAACUUGAAGAUGCCUUUUUUAGGACCAGGAAAGACAUUACUCUUCUCAUACAGCUCUCCCUCACUGCUCUUACAAUUUAAAUCCUUGAUAGAUUGCAUUAGGAUAGACUGUAUGUUAACCAUUCCCAUAAUCGGUUCUUGCUGAUAAAAUGCCAUCUUAUGGGAAGGCUGGUAGUUGUAGGUUUCAAUGGGUUUGUUUGGUAUUCUUUUAGUAUCUUAUUCUUUUCCUUAAGUGGCAGGUCACAAUCAGUUUGUGUUUUAAGAAAACACUGUAAAGUCAAUUUUUCAGUUGUGGUGCACUGCUUUCUGUUUAGUAAAAUAAGAUUCCUACAAAUUUCCUUGCUUUUGGUCUGAUUCAAGCAAGCUUUGUGUAUAUAUUUGUAUAGAGAGAGCGUUCCCUUUCUCUUAUGCAAGAAAAAUAAAAUUAAAAGAACUCGCCAAUUAAAUAUCA